AUGGCAUCCCACCUCUCCUCCCCCUCCGCAAAAAAAUACUUCCUCACCCCCUGGACCCUCACAACACCCACCCACCCAGCCCUAACCUUCCAGCGCGCAACCCCCUCCCACAUUUCCCACUGGCUCCCCCUCGUCACCAACCCCGCCAACAACAUCCACAUGGACGACGUGAAAUCGCUCCUCUGGACGCCCUCCGACAUCUCGGCAUGGAAAACCCGCACUAUUACCAACUACAACAAAUCUUUAACCACCUACCACCAACUCGCCGUCCUGAUUGCAGAGAACGGGAAGUUUGUCGGGUACGGAGAUCUGUGGUUGUUGGAAAAUGGGAAUUUUAAUGUAGGUGUGGUGCUCGAUGUUUCGGUGCAGGGGAGGGGGCUGGGGAGGUUGUGUACGGCGGUGCUGGUGCAGUUGGGGUUUGAGGUUGGGGAGAAGGGGGUCGAGGCUGGGACGAUGAAGGUUAAUGGGGGGUUUAGGGGCGUGAUGAGGAGUUUGGGGGUGGUGGAGGAGGAGAAGUUGGUUGUUGCUGAGGGGAGGGGGAUUUUGGCUGAGCUGUCGUAUACGGUUGAUAGGGAGAAGUGGAGGGAUGUUGAGUUGGAUGUUGUGUGGGGUGAGGGGACGUUGGGGAGAGUUGAUGAGGAAGUUUGA